GACGUAUUUAACUUAUCAUGCCCAAGCGUAGGGUUUCGUCAGUCAGCAUAAGCAGGACGGUAGGCUAAUAAGGCUGGGAGACAAACGAACAUCAGAACAUGAAACAGUUGGAUCGGUUAACAGCGACUUUCAGGUUCUAAAAAUGUCUCAGACAAGCACCGGAACAUGGAGUGGCUGUCUGACACCUACCAACCACUUCCAGUAUUUACCCACCCAUCUAAGAGUACCCGGCUUCAUCCUCAUCCUCAUUGAAGAGAACGAGAAAAUUGAUCCAAAAAGAAAAGAUGGCUACAUACAACACCGGGCAUUCGCCGGUCGUCACCGACCCGACUACUACUCCAGCGGUCGCCAGUUCCCGCCUCCUCUCGCCCCUUUCUAUGCCUCAGUCAUCCAUACAAACCUUGGUGGAAAGAUCCAUGCCUACUCGACCGAAAAUUUUGACGAGUUCUUCGGCGUGGCCAGUCCACAAUCCGGUUCCUCCUUUGGCUUCUCGGAGUCUCGGUCAACUGCUCAAGGCACCAACUUGCUAUUCUUCCCAUCCAGCCGAGCGGAUGCGAAGGAUGGAUCCGCACUCGAUAUAUUGAACCAGUCGAUCGAUAAUCUGGUCCCGAAGAGUGUUCAAGUGGAAUCGGUCGAUGAUUUUGUGUGGCUCGAUAGCCGCAAUGAGGAGCUGUCGGAAGGUGCAUGGGCUGUCUUUGAGCCUGCGGCGCUCUCUAAGGAUCUUGGGAGUCUGAUAAAAGGGCGAAGAGUCAGCAAUAGUGUCCCGCUUGCGAGCUCACACAUUGCGGAUGGUUGGGUUGGGUAUCUUGGUGGCGCGAUUGAGCAGGGUCGCCGCACGGCUUUCCAAAUUGAGAAUUCGCUCGUUGCAAUUCCUAGGCCCUAG